UCAGCAGAUGAAUUGAUUUGUCUCCUCGCGUCUUUGGAUUACUGCGCCGCUGUUUGGAGCCCCGUACCCUCUAAAGCCCGCAUUGUUGCUCCUUCUUGUAUUCGAGCCUCUUUGAAUUUUUUGUUCGACUCGCUGGACGUAGAUGGAAAAAAAUAUUUCAGCGCAGCUGACCUUGCGGAGUUCUGGGAGGGAACUGCUGCUUGUCUGGCUAGCCGGGGUUUUCCGGCUUGGGUUUUAUGCGAGGGUUCGGUGAGGUUAGAAGUUUUAGACAGACUGCAAAACAAAAGCGAAGUCCUCACCAAACAAGCAUGCGUCAACGACUUGGCCCCUUUGAUUCCAGGAGACCCUGUGAUGGUUAAGUCAGAAAUAGAUGUAGAUAUGCCCUAG